AUGGCGAGCGUCAACAUGGGGCUCUCCGUGCGUCUCGCCUGGGUCCUUGUGCUCCUCCAGGCGGCUCGAGUGUGCGCUCUGAACGGCGACGAGGACCAGAGCCAGGACACCGAGUGCAAGAUGAAGAGCGUAACCGUGUCCGCGCUGCCGUUUUUGAGGGAAAACGACCUGAGCAUCAUGCACAGCCCGUCGGCCUCUGAGCCAAAGCUGCUGUUCUCCGUAAGGAACGAUUUCCCCGGUGAUGUGGUGGUUGUGGACGACCUGGAGAACACCGAGCUGCCCUAUUUCGUCCUCGAGAUCUCUGGUAACUCAGAGGAUAUCCCGCUGGUGCGCUGGAGGCAGCAGUGGUUGGAGAACGGCACUCUGCUCUUUCACAUUCACCACCAGGACGGCAGUGUGAGCCUGCCUGAACCCACAGAAGACCCGGCCAAUGACUCAGCCAAAGAGGAGAUACGGAUUCUACACAUUUCUGUCAUGGGUGGGAUGAUAGCCCUUCUACUGUCCGUGCUGUGCCUGGUCCUCAUCCUGUACACUAGGAGGCGCUGGUGCAAACGUCGCCGUAUCCCCCAGCCCCAGAAGAGCGCUAGUGCAGAGGCGGCUAAUGAGAUCCACUACAUCCCGUCUGUGCUGAUGGGGGGACAGGCCCGCGAGAGCCUCCGGAACUCCAGAGGACAGGGGCCCAACUCCAGCGGGACUCUGAGCAUCAGGGAGACUCCCAUACUGGAUGGGUAUGAGUACGACAUCACUGACCUGAGGCACCACCUGCAGAGGGAGUGCAUGAACGGAGGGGAGGAGUUCUCCAGUCAGGUGACCCGCACCCUGGACUCACUGCAGGGCUGCAACGACAAGAACAACAUGGACCUGACGCCUGUGAGUGACAACACAAAGUUGGCUCUGAUGAACAAAUACAAGGACAAUAUCAUUGCCACGAGUCCCAUCGACAGCAACCACCAACAGAACACUCUGCUACCCCACAACACGUCCACCAGCCAGCGCAAGAGGCUCUCCAGCAAUACCAGAGCGGGUUCCACUUUCUUGAACCCGGAUGGAGACUCUGGGACGGAGGCGGACAGCGAGCCUCAGCUGGCCUAUUACACCGACCCCAACCGCAGCCGCCGCCGCAGUCGAGGUAUGAGAAAUGGUAACGCCAACAGCGUGUGGGGCUCCGGGGCAGCAGGUUCCCCACGGAGCCCCAUCAAUAAGACCACCCUGACUCUCAUCAGUGUGAUCAGCUGUGCCCUGGGCCUGGUGUACGCCUCUCAUCUGGCCUGCAGCCUGUCAGUGCGGGUGAUCCUCCACGUGCCCGAACACCUCAUUGCCGACGGCUCACGGUUCAUCUUGCUCCAGGGCAGUCAGUUGGAUGCGUCUGAUUGGCUGAACCCGGCUCAGAUCUUGUUGUAUUACCAGCAGAACGCCAGCGGGCCCUGGCUCAAUGAGCUGUGUGGACGCCGCCUGCUUGACCCUUGCGAGCACCAGUGUGACCCAGACACAGGAGAAUGCCUCUGUCUGGACGGAUACAUGAGGGACCCUGUGCACAAGCACCUGUGUAUACGCAGCGAGUGGGGGCCCAACCAGGGUCCUUGGCCUUACACCAUCUUCCAGCGAGGGUUUGAUCUUGUGAUGGGAGAACAGCCCUCUGAUCGCAUUUUCAGAUUCACAUACACACUGGGAGAGGGCAUGUGGCUACCGCUGAGUAAAAGCUUUGUGAUCCCUCCGGCCGAACUCGCCAUCAACCCUUCGGCCAAGUGUAAGACUGAUAUGACGGUCAUGGAGGACGCUGUGGAUGUACGGGAGGAGUUGAUGAUCAGCUCGUCCUUUGACUCUCUGGAGGUGUUGCUGGACUCGUUUGGACCGGUCAGGGACUGCACCAAAGACAAUGGCGGCUGCAGCAGAAACUUCCGCUGUAUCUCCGACCGUAAACUGGACUCCACUGGCUGUGUGUGCCCUCCCGGGUUGAGUCCAAUGAAGGAUGGGACCGGGUGUUACGACCACCACAUCGGCAUCGACUGCUCCGAUGGUUUUAACGGCGGCUGUGAGCAGCUGUGUCUGCAGCAGCUGGCGCCCCUAGAGGACGACCCCACUCUCUACAACAUCCUCAUGUUCUGUGGGUGCAUUGAGGAUUACAAACUGGGCCCAGACCAUCGCUCCUGUCUGCCCCUGUCAGAGUCGUGCACUGAGGGGGUGGACUGUGGAGAGGCUGUGGAUGUCCCUGCCAACCAGACUGUGUUCGGAGACCUGUUCUAUGGAUACAACAACCACACCAAAGAGAGCACCUCCGGACAGAUACUCAAGGCCACGUUCAGGCAAAAGAACUUCGCCCGGGGCAUUGACCAGCAGCUGCCCGACGGGAUGGUGGUGGCAUCGGUGCCAACGGAGGUGCAGUGCCACGAGGAGCUGUCUGACCCGGUGCCCGACCCAGAGUACCUCACAGGGAUGGUGAACUACAGUGAGGUGUCUGGGUACCCUCUGGUCCAACAGUGGAGUCUGCGCUCGGUGCUGUACCACGUCAAACUCAAUCAGUGGGUCUUGUCUCAAGCCUUCAGCUCCGCCAUCCAUUCUCUGGACGGGGCAACACAGCGCAGUGACUACGUGUCCAUCCUGAGGGAGUUCGGGAAUCACUACGUGCAGGAGGCAGUGUACGGCUUCCAGGAGUCCUGCACCAUCUGGUACCCCAACAAACAGGUCCAGAGACAGCUGUGGCUCGAGUACCAGGACAUCAGCAAAGGUAACUCUCCCUCUGAAGAGUCUGAGGAGCGUGAUAAGGAGCCUCGGACCCUCACCUACCCGGCGUAUAUAGCCAGUCUGCUGGACACUGGAGCCAAGCGUAUGGCUGCAGGCGUGAGGAUGGACUGCACCAGCCAGGGCCAGUGUCCCCGCGCCUGUCACCUGUGCCACAUGAGCCCUAGAGCAGCACAGGGACGACAGCCUUCUGAACCUGUCCUACUGCAGAUCACCAAGGCAGCCCCCAUCUACGAGCUGGUGUCCAACAAUGAGACAUAUCAGGCUCUUCAGGAGGCCAUGAUGAGCAUGCUGUGGUGCUCAGGGAAAGGCGAUGUUAUCGAUGACUGGUGCCGCUGCGACUCCAGCUCUUUUGGCUCAGAUGGACUGCCCACCUGCGCCCCACUUCCCCAGCCCAGGCUGAAACUGUCUUACACCUAUGAGCCGAGCAGUUCACUGGUCAUCAUGGAAUGGACCCACAGUGAACCGCCAAUCGGAGUGCGCAUAGCCGAUUACCUCAUCAGCCAAGAGAAGGUGUCUGAAAGAAGUGACCACUCCAAAGUUGAGACAGAAACCUUGCUGAGCUUUGUGGACGACAUCUUGUCUGGUGCCAGAUCUCCCUGUGUGAUGCUGGGGGACAUCCCUGACCUGCUCUCCUCCUCCAUCAGUCUGAUUGUCCGCUGCCUCGAGCCUGAUACCACGUACAUGUUCCGGUUGUGGGCAGUGGACACCACAGGCCGCCGCUCCAGUCCGAGCGAGGUCACCAUCAAAACGCCCUGUCCCACUGUGGAUGACGUCAAAGCACAAGAAAUAGCUGAUAAAAUCUACAACCUGUUUAAUGGCUACACCAGUGGGAAGGAGCAGCAGACGGCCUACAACACCCUGAUGGACCUGGGGGCACCCACUCUGCACCGGGUGCUCUACCACUACAACCAGCGCUACGAGAGUUUCGGAGAGUUCACCUGGAGGUGUGAGGACGAGCUCGGACCAAGGAAGGCGGGCUUGAUCCUGUCCCAGCUGAACGAGCUCUCUCCAUGGUGUAAGGGACUGCUGCAGGAGCCUAAGAUCGGCCUGCGCAGGAUGUCUCUGAAGUUCCUGUCGUGUCGCUACACAGACAGUAAGGCGUUUGGGCUCAAGUGGUCUGAGAUGGGCCAGGACGUGCAUAAGGCCUGUGAUGAACAGACUCUCACAGUCAUGUACAAUGACUAUGGAGAGCCCAAAGAGCUCUAAAUGUCACAUAUACACUGUUUACGCACAAUGGAACCUGGAGAUAAAUGUAAGGAUGGAUAGAGGCACAUUUUCAUUUUACACAAUUAAAACCUGUAGAAUUGCUCCGUAGAAGAUGUAUUUGAAAGAAUAAAGCUGAGAAAUAAGGGUAUGUUUGAAUAUUGUUCAAGUAGGGUUGAAUUCAAAACAUUUUAGAGUGAAUACUUUUGCCACUUAUCCAAGUAGCUUCUUCAGUUCUGACCAAGUUUUGGUAAGGGACCGCCUUAAAUAUCUGCUCUAACUAAAUGGAAACUAACAUAUCCUGGUCUUUUUGUCUUUUAUGUCAUGAUAACACAUUUUGAGGUUCGAUAUAUUGCUGAAGAAAUAAUAACAAUAAUACUGAAUGUCAUUGUGCCUCUGACACAACAACCCUAAAGCAGGAUCUCUCCAAAAAACUAUUCUAUUGUAUACAAUAUUGUCAAUGAACAUGUCAAUGAGCUGAGUCUUAGACGUUAUGUAUUCAGUCCAAUACAGCUCAAAUCUGAUCAUAGUACAGAAAAAAAUAACACAAAGUUCCCCUCUAGUACAAAGAAAAUGUACUCACAAUAAAUACUGACUCCAAAAAUAAUUGUUCCAUCUAUAGUGUGUUGAACUGUAAGUCGAUAUAGCAAUUAUUGUGACAGGCCUUACAAUGAGUCAAAAAAAAAAAAAGAGUAAAAGUUAUUCGCCUGUUAUUCAUCCGUUGUUCUACCCGAAGCUGUGAACUAGUCUCCUUGACCCUUCUCUAAAAUGCUGAAGGUAAAACAGAUGCUCUAAAGAACACAUUUGAAUUGUUUUCUUGUCUGCCCAACAUGAAAAUCUCCUCUGUCUGUCUUUGCAAACAUCACCCACAAACAAUUCAAAAACAGCAUUAUUUGUUGAGCCAGCUUUGUAAAGGAAUGUGUUAUAUGUGAAAAGCUAUUUUAUUUUGCUUUAGUGGAUUUUUACAUGCAGUAACUCUUCCGAACAGUCCAAUGAUUUAGCGACUUUAUUGACCUCUUUAGUGUAGAGAUGCUUUUUAGAAACAUGCACUUUUGGCUAUUGUUGUUUUACAUUUGACUGAUAGAAAAGGUCUGAUGAGGGUAACUAUUACAUUAACUC